CGCCCGCCCCAGCCGGCACGCGAGCCUCGGGGCGGGGCGGCGUCGCCGGCGGUGUGAGACUUGGCCAUGGCGACCGUGGAGGCCGGCGGCGGCCGUGCGGCUCGGGCUUCCACUGCCGGGUCCCGGCCGGGCUCGGGCGCGGAGCACGCGGCAGGAGCUGCGGGGCUGUCCUCGGGAAGAAGAGGCGGGGAGCGUGCGCCCGCGGCCGUGGAGAAGCGUGGGCCGUACACGGUGGCGCGCGCGCCAUCCGUCCAGGCCAAGCUGCAGAAGCACCGGGACCUGGCCAAGGCCAUGCUGCGGAGGAAGGGCGUUCUGAGCGCCCUGCCUAGCCUCCCCGACUCUACAGGGAAAAGGUCAGUGAAGUUUAACAAGGGCUAUACUGCUCUGAGCCAGAGUCCGGAUGAGAACCUCGUGUCCCUCGACUCUGACAGUGAUGGGGAGCAGGAAUCCAGAUACUCCUCCGGGUACUCCUCUGCCGAGGUGAACCAGGAUAUGAACCGGCAGCUGCUACAGGAUGGCUACCACCUGGAUGAGAUUCCAGAUGAUGAGGACCUGGACCUCAUUCCCCCUAAGCCUAUGGCCUCCUCCACAUGCUCUUGCUGCUGGUGCUGCCUUGGGGACUCUUCUUGUACCCUCCAAUAGACAGAAGCCUCCCCGCACAAGGCCUGCUCACCAUGUAGCAGACACAACCUGCUGGCCUUCAUAGCUCAGAACAUUGUGGGGACAGCUGUUGGCCCAGAAUCGCUGGAGACACAGCCCUCUGUGGUCAGGGACUUACAGGGAGCCCUCACCCAGUGCUUCUUGGGCCAGAGGCCCAUCUGGGCCAUAGGAUUGAUGAGUGGAAUUCUGCAGUUUCCUCUGUUGUCGUGAGUUUGGAAAAGCUGCUUUAGUAAGGGCAGGAGCAGAGGAAUUAGUGUUCACAUGGUGGCUGAUGGAGGUGGCUGAGAAAUGCACUUGCAGACAUAGAUUGGUGUUUGCCAUGGUUCUCAAGGGAAGGGACAGUUUUUGUGUCUGAGUCGUGCUGGGCAGCAUUGUGUGGAGGUAGAAGACACCACUUCAUAGCUCACAGCUGGGACUCUGAAAAGGAAUUUCCAUAUGCUGUCCUCCUUUUCCUGUCUCUUAGGUUCACAGGUAUGAUCUUCAAGAUCAUAAACCAGGUCCCUCUGUCCCCCUUCAGGUCCCACCUGUCUGGCUAUGGCAGAAACAGCAGGUUGCUAACAGGAUCAUGGCUUCCAGAAUCCCUGGACCUGGGACAGCUGUCUAGUGGGUUAACUCUGGUCGGCACCCCCUUAGUUAGAGGAAAACUCCUUCAUCCUAGACAUAUUUAUUUAUUUGUAUUUCCCAGGUGUUGGCUGGCUUCUCCACCCAUUGAGCUGAGGUUGGGUUGAAGGUACUGGAGCUGGCCCCAGAUACCUGGAGUUUUUGUGAUUCCCAGCAGAGGGAGCUAUUGCAAGGGCAGUCUCAUGCCUUUUUGUUCACCCUUUUAUAUUCUGGAGACAGCAGUGGGUCCCCAGGGUGCACUGGUGUGUGGUGUGUGGCUUGGAUGGAGACAAGCAAUCAGGCAGAAUGGGAAGGAGAGACCUUGAGCCAGCUCCCAUGAGCAGUAAUCCAGCGGCCAGUGCAGAGACCUCUCGAGCCAGGGCCACCCUACAGUCGACUCUUAUGUGCCUCUACCAGUGCUUGCCUAGUGUGUGAGGCCCUGGAAAAAUCCACAUGGACUGGGCUAUAAAGCAAGCCCCGGGGUGAACACUGCUGACAGUCACGAGCACUGUGACCCUGCUCGAGAAUUUCUCUUGCUACCCCAAGCCUCCCUCUGGAGUGAAUUCUACAAUCUGCCCCCUUUGCCUCACUCAGGUGUGGUGCAGUUGGAAAGGAGGUGCAUAGGGUUCACAGCUCAAGGUGCAUGGUAGUCAGGGUGAGGGUGUGGAGCAUCCAGUCUCUCACUCCCCCCAUGUUCUGUGACUACUGAGGGAUGGUAGAGACUCUUGAGUCUCUACCAGAAGAGGCGGAUAGGAAGAGAAAGCCCAGUCUGUUCCUUGUCAGACACUGUCCAUGGGAAGGCCAUCCUAGCAGGGCUUGGUAAGCUUCUAUUUUUGUGAGACUGGGAGGUUGAGUACACAGCACCUUGGGCCAUGGCUGAUUGUUCUGCUGCUGGCAGCAUCGCAGGAUUGGAGAUGGACAGAGACCCAAGGCCCAUCAGCUUGGGGCUGGGAUAGGGGAGGUAGUGGCUGCUCUGUUCUGCAGUGGGACUCUGUAACAACCCAGGCAGCCCACAUUCUGAGCUGUCCCCAGCAGAGUCCAUGUGCAGGCCUCAUUGAAGGCAGACAGUGCAAUGUAGAGGCUGGGGGGCAGGGACACUCCAUGAGCCCCGAGUGGGACAUGGAAGUCACAUGUGGGUCUAUGUUUGAGGUCCUGGUUAGAACAGAGUAGUCUGGGUAUUUGGGAACCCAAGCCAUGUCUUCUUGGUGGUCGUUGCUGCAAUCAACCCUAGGUGCUCGAACAGCUCCUGGAGGGGAUGUUCCAGAAUUAGGGAGGCCUGCAGGGGGCCUUGUGGUGGGGCCACCAACCAAAUACCACCAAUUAAGGCACCAAUGUGCCCAAAGCCACACUGCCUUAAUUCAGAGUGAGGGAUGCUCUGCAGGUGAUAGUCCCCUGGGGGAGGGGUGCCUGGGGCUCCUCAGGCAGGAGUGGUUCUACCUGGUGUUCACAGUGCUCGACAGACCCCUCAUCUGUAUGCUCAGAAUAAACGCACCCAUGCUAGCUGA